AUGACCUCACCCAAGGGCGAGACUAUAAAAGCAGAAGGACUGGGUGGGUGCAACAGAACAUUCCUUCGCCAUGAAAAGUGUUUGGUUAGUGACGAUAGCCUUCACAGCUUACUGUAUGCAUCUGCUGGAGGCAUCUACAAUGGCGGUACAAAAGGCUGCAAUGGAGGAGGAAACGGUGGUAGCUAUGGCAGCGAAAAUGGAUAUGGUGGUGGUACAUAUGCUGUAGCUGCACCACCGCCACCGCGACUAAACCCAGAGCCCAGAGUUCCUCCAUCCGUUAUAGGCGGCACCCCGUGCGAGAACACUCCACUACUCUCCUCCACCACCACCUCCACCAGCGGCAACGUAUCAACAACCUCAGACAUAUGGUGCACCGAGCACUUACAACAAUGGAGGUACCAAUGGCGGAGAACUAAGUAA